AUGACAACGUUCACGAAGCUCGCGUCCGGCGAGGAAGCCUCAAUUGCGGUGUUCCCCAAGCACAAGCUGUCAAAAGUCAAUGAUAACAUAUACGGCGGAUUCACAGAGCAUAUGGGCCGCUGUAUAUAUGGCGGGCUAUAUGACCCAGAAAAUCCGAACAAGCAGCUCAUCGACGACCAGGGCUUCCGCAAAGACGUUAUCGCAGCCAUGAAAGAGCUGAAUGUGCCUGUGGUGCGCUAUCCUGGCGGUAAUUUUGUUGCGACCUAUCAUUGGUUGGAUGGCGUCGGUCCCAGGGGAAAGAGACCAAGAAGGCCUGAACUGGCUUGGCUUGGAGUUGAGAGCAACCAGUUUGGCACCGAUGAAUUUAUGAAGUGGUGCGAAGUGGUAGGAACAGAGCCUUACCUUGCUCUGAAUUUCGGGACAGGAACCCUUGAUGAAGCUCUCGCCUGGCUCGAAUAUUGUAAUUCUUCCCAGGACACGUAUUAUGCCAAUCUUCGCCGGCAAAAUGGGCGUGAUACGCCGUACAACGUCAAAUACUGGGCCCUCGGCAAUGAAUGUUGGGGCCCGUGGCAAGUCGAGCAAAUGAGCAAGGAGGACUACGCAAAGAAAGCGUAUCAGUGGGCAAAAGCUCUCAAAUUGAUCGAUCCAUCAAUCACUCUCAUCUUGUGUGGAGAGACAGGACAUUCCGAAUGGGAUUUCCACGUCCUGAAAGAGUGCGUCAGCUGGGACCAUCACGCCCUGGGAGCCGGCAAUGUUGCUGCCAGCUUGAUAGACAUGCACAGUAUACACAUCUAUACAGCCAGCGAAGAUCCAGUAAAGAAUGCACUGGCACCGAGAAGUGCAGAAAGAGCAAUUGAAAUAGCGUCCGGACUCAUCGAUCUGGCCAGGAUACAGAACGGAGUCCCAGCGUCUGUGCCGCGUCAAACAAUUUGUUUUGAUGAGUGGAACGUCUGGGAUCCGCAAAGAGCUCCAGGGGAUAAGGGCGCAGAGGAGAAGUACACCUUAUCGGACGCGCUUGCAGUAGCAGUAUGGCUGAACGUCUUUAUCCGGCAGAGCAAGUACGUUGGAAUGGCGAACAUUGCACAAAGCGUGAAUGUGAUAUCGCCUUUGAUGACAAACGAAGACGGUGUGGUAAAGCAGACGACCUGGUGGCCUCUCCUCCUGUUUUGCAAGUACAUGCGAGGCUACACUAUUGCAACUCACGUUAGCUGCGGAACGUACGAUGGCGAGACUUCUCCAAAAUGGCUGCAGGCCGCAGUGGACACGCCGUGGCUGGACGUAUCGGCGACCAUCAACGAGCAUCGCUGGGUCAGCCUCGUCGUGGUCAAUGUGCAUCUGACGGAGAGUUUCGAGGUGGCCUUGGACGGCGUGGGCAGCAGCGUGAAGGUGUACACAAUCACAGGGUCGCAGUGGGAUGCCAUCAACACGAAGGAUGAUCAAAGCAUCGGCAUUGACGAGAUGGAGUGGAGGGGUCAAGGCAAAUACAAGUUCUCGAAUAUGAGCAUAACGAUGCUCAGGUGGCAGGCGUGA